UCCUAUUAUUCUCAAUAGCCGACAUACGACCUCGUGCUACGGCGUGUGCCAUUUGUCGUGAAGGUUUCGCUCGUCUCUAUUCAAGUUCAAAUAAUUCUACAAUCCUCCUUCUGGACACCAAUGAGCUUAUCCACGAAUCAGCUGACACAACGACUGGAGGAAACAGUGCAGUUAGUCGGUCAGUGCCAUAAAAUCGAUCAAACCCACUCGUCCCCUUUGAAGCAAACGAGCCGAAGUUUAAACACCCGCGUGUGUUAUCUUUCUGCAUCAGCUCUCUCUAAAAUUAAAAAGUCCGCAAAAUCCAUUCAACUGAUACAUGCGGUUUGUGAUAAGAUAAGCCAGACAAUCGGUGCUAGUCUUCCGAACGAACUACAAACGGCCGCAGUCAUCACUUCCAAUUAGAACUGACACCGCCGGACUCAGCAGAACAACGCCAAAAUGUCCACCAUCGAGCAAGAACCAGCAGAGCCCACUUUGGUGACGGUUCGGGCUUUGGAGCGGUACGAGAAAGCCUCCCCAAUCAGUAGUUCCGAUAGAACCUCGACGACAGCCCGCUCCAAGGAGCCGAACACCGUUCGUCAGGAUUCGAAAACGUCGCUGAGCGACAAACAGCGAUCCGUCAUCUACAGUGAUGCGCAUUUCAGCAUCACCCUGCACCACUACGACAGCCUCGUCAGUGAGCUGAAGUGUCCGGGAUGUGCCCAGGCGUUGUACGGGCCGAUUUAUCUGUGCCAAACUGGGCACAGCAUUUGCUCGCAAUGCUUCAGCCGGAUCAGCGCUUGUCCGCUCUGCCGGAAGAAGCUGACCGACAUGCGAAACUACACACUGGAAGCGAUCGCAGGCAAGGUGCAGUUCCCGUGCAACCAUGCGGCGCGUGGCUGUACGGCGCGAUUGCCACUCGAGCUCCUCUGGUGGCACAAGGAUCGUUGUGGAUUUAAGCAAAUCGAUUGCUUCAUGGGCAAAGUGUGGGAGAACUGCUCGUGGGUCGGUUGCGAGAAGGACUGGAUUGGCCAUUGCGUAACCGAGCACCAGGACAAGGUGUACAACUCGCCGGACAUCGUGCUCACGUGGGACUACGCGUCCGACAGCCAGCGGUGCAUCGCACUGCAAUCGGUCAUCGCCUACUACGUGAUUCGCGCGUACGGUCAGUACUUCAACGUCUAUCAGAUCUACGAUCAAAACAGCCGGCGAACGAUCUGGACGGUGAUUUGCGGCUCCAAGGAAGUGCGUACCAGCCAACGGUUUGCGUUCGAGCUGGAACUGUACUCGCCGAUGGACAGUUCCAAGCUAUUGGUUCAGCGAUUUGCGUGCCAUUCGGAAAACGAUGCGGACUUUUUGAAGGACGGAAAUUGCGCUAAAAUUCCGCUGGAAGAAGCGAUUCGCUUCAUGACGAAAGAUAAGUUCCUAUACUACCGGAUCCGAAUAGUCGAAGUCACGCCAUGCCGCAGUCGCAGUCUGGUCCUAAUCAAUCAAUCACAAAAACAACUGACGCUAUCGACUCAACAACUGCUACCUAUCGACUAUAACGUGACAAAAAUUGAAAACGUCAACAUGAAAGCCAUACCGGAGGCGAACAUAAUAGUGCGUGGCAACGGAACCGUCACCGGAACAUCGUCGUCUAAUGCCACCGACAUAUCGCCCGCCGAUCAAGUCACGAACCACUCGUCAUCGGCUUCAUCGUCCUCCUCCUCGAACUCAUCCACCCUACGAAACCCGACGGAGGAAGACCUCCCAGAAGAAGACCAGAACGCUAAGGAUAGCGCCUUGUCCCAUCCAUCCCUGAACCGUGUCAACUCCCUGCCGAAACCACCGCGAGUGCAGAUUCGCGUGGAAGAAAACACCAAACAGCACCAGCAGGAGCAACAUUUGGUCCGCUGUCGAAUGGUGGAACGCCAGGAAAGCAUCAAACUGAAACCCAUCUUGGCGGGUCAGGACGGUGCUGCAACCGCUUCGUCGUCUUCCAAGCUGCAAGCCAAUGGAAAGCGGGAAUCCAGUACGAAGGCAUCAACCGAGAGUCUGAACCUUAAAGGGUUGACCAAGUUUUACAACAUCACGACCUACAAGGCGUCCAAGCUGUGGAACAAGAAGCCUAUCAAUGCGAGCGAAUGAAGGACGAUUCGUUUCGAGUUGUUUUAGAGUGACGAGAAGUUAUCCAUUGGGCCCAGAUUUGCCAUAUAUAAUUAAUUUUAUUAUAUAACAGAGACCUAAAUGAUAAUAAACUGUUUCGAAUAAACUUUGCAGAUGAUUUUUAA